AUGGCUGGCGCCGCCGCCCUAGCGCUUGCCGCCCUGGAACCGCUCGGGCCCCGCCGCCCUAGCCUCGUGCUCGCGGGCCGCUUGCAGCCGAGCCGCCUGCUCGGCCUCAAGCUUGGAGCGGAGGGACGCCUCGAGGUCCAGAUCGGCCACCCCAUCACCCGCAUCCUCCCGCCGCCGCUCCAUGCCCGACACUGCCUCGCUCGAAGACCCACGGGAGCGAUCCAUGGCAACCACCGCCGCGAAAGGAAGGGAGAGAGUGAUCAGAUCAGUCGCAGCAAUGGCAGAUUGGCAGGCAAGGCAUCGAUGGCGCUGUUCCUCGCCGUGAACCUGGUCGUGUUCUCCCUGGCCAGCGCGUGCGGGGGAAACUGCCCGACCCCGUCCAUGCCCACCCCAUCGACGCCCACGCCGACCCCGGCCUCGUUCGGCAGGUGCCCACGCGACGCGGUGAAGAUAGGCUUGUGCGUCAACGCGCUGAACCUGGUGAAGGCCGAGCUGGGCGCGCCGCCCACGCUGCCCUGCUGCCCGCUGCUGAAGGGGCUCGUCGAGCUGGAGGCGGCCCUGUGCCUCUGCACGGUGCUCAAGGCCAACGUCCUCAACAUCGUCAAGCUCAACCUCCCCAUCGACCUCAGCGGCAUCCUCAACGACUGCGGCAAGAAAGUGCCCACCGGAUUCAAGUGCUAAGCGAUCUCCGUCGACGGACGUGUGCC